AUGCAUAAACGUAUCUGCAUAGGGUCCAACUGUAAAUAUUUUGUAAUCCCUUCAUCACUCAAGUCCAACUAUGAGGAUUGGAUCAAGUUCGGGCUGGGAUACAGUUCCCUAGAAUUGUACCAGACUCGUACUUCUAGAAAUCUCCAAUUUCAUAGCAUUGCAGUGAGAGAUAUCUUCAUGUAUAGUUCUACUAUCGCUUAUUGUGAUUUGAUCAGUGAAGCUGAAGUUGCUUCUACAUCUGAGACUUGA